AUGCCUAUCGAAUUUGUCUGUAAAAUCAAGUUUGCUGAGGGUGACGAAGCCAAGGGAGACACAACAGAAGGCGGCAGCACCGGGAUGCUAGAUGAAGGCCUUCAGCGGCAAAGGGGGAGCAUGGCUGAUCUAACUACCUUCGCUAGCACCUCCUCUCUACACGGCCUGGCACAGGUAUUGGGCAACUCUGAACGCUUGGGUUUGAGACAGACCCUCUGGGCACUGGCCCUGUUGGUCUCUCUCAGUCUGUUCCUAUACCAAGCCACAUGGAGCGCGGCGACUUAUCUAGAGCGUCCCCACGUGGCGGCGCUACGGGAAGAGACUCGCCGCGAACUCACCUUCCCUGCCGUCACCCUCUGCAACGUCAACCGUUUCCGUUUUUCUGCUCUCACUGACGCGGACAUCUACCACUUGGCUAAUCUCACCGGCCUGCCACCAAAGAGUCGCAAAGGACACCGUCCGAGUGAGCUGAAGUACCCACCUCCUGACAUGCUAGACAUUUUCCAGCGGACUGGCCACCAGAUAGAAGACAUGCUUAAGAGCUGCAACUUCAGCGGGCAUAACUGCUCAGCCGAAGACUUCAGCGUGGUUUACACACGGUAUGGAAAGUGCUACACUUUUAAUGGAAAUAAGACGUCGGCGAAGCGGGUGAGGCAGGGCGGCACUGGAAAUGGCUUGGAGCUGAUGCUGGACAUAGAGCAGGAUGAGUACCUGCCCAUCUGGAGAGAAACAAAUGAGACGACUCUGGAAGCAGGCAUUCGGGUUCAGAUCCACAGUCAGGAUGAACCCCCGUACAUCCAUCAGCUGGGCUUUGGGGUCUCCCCGGGAUUCCAAACAUUUGUUUCCUGUCAGGAACAGAGGCUUACAUACCUGCCACAGCCGUGGGGAAACUGUCGGGCUUCGUCCGAGCCUGUGAUCCCAGGAUACGACACCUACAGCAUCAGCGCUUGCAGGCUUCACUGUGAAAGCACACAGGUGCUGAGAGAGUGUAACUGCAGGAUGGUGCAUAUGCCAGGCGAUGCAGAUAUCUGCACACCCCGUAAAAUCAAGUGCGUGGACAAGGCGUUGGCAUUACUCCAGAAGAGCACAGGUGACUCAUGUCCCUGUGAGACGCCAUGCAAUAUGACUCGCUAUGGAAAAGAGCUCUCCAUGGUGAAAAUCCCCAGCAGGGGAUCUGCGCGCUAUCUUUCUCGCAAAUACCAGAAAUCCGAGGAAGACAUCAGAGACAACUUUCUCAUCUUGGAUAUUUUCUUUGAGGCCCUUAACUAUGAGACGAUAGAACAGAAAAAAGCGUAUGACAUCGCUGGACUGUUGGGAGAUAUUGGUGGACAGAUGGGGCUUUUCAUUGGGGCCAGCAUUCUCACUAUACUAGAAAUACUCGAUUAUAUCUAUGAGGUGGUCAAAUGCAAAAUGAAGCGACUCUUGAAACCGAAGACGGAUCAGAAACAACAGAACCAACGGAAUUUAAUCCAAGAGCAGAUCCAGAGAACAAAAAACCUACGAGAACAGAAUCUGAGAGCCCAGCAGGCUACAGGAACUGUAGCUACCGUCCAAUUUGAAGAAAUAAAAGUCAAGGCAGCCAAUGAUGUAGCAAUGGUUCAACCACAUAGUGCACAUCUAACGUCAAUUUUACCAAACCAUCACAACGCACAGCCUGAGGUACAGCAGGACUUCGCUUGCUAAGAGUCUGUUCCUCUGUGUUUAUUCUUCAUAUCAAUGAACUUGAAACUGGGCUCUGAACGGACCUUCUUCACCUGAUACAUUUAAUUUAUUUUUUCACUAAAACAAGCUACAGCCAAAGUCUGAUCCAAGACCUCGGAAAUGGUCGCAAUGUAUCAGAGCAAACUGUUCUCAUUGUUCCAAUAUGAAGAAACCACACAUGUGCUUUUGUUGCAUCAGAUUUUAUGCUAUCUUUUGCUCCAUACCCAUUUAGGCUCUUUUAUUCUGAAUGUGGACCUAGCAUGGAUUUUAAGAACUCAGAGAUCACACAUAAAUGACCUCAUUUCCAAAUGUAAAUCCAAUAUUCCCUUCAAACAGGAACUGAAUGAAAGUCAUGAGGUCAAAUAGAGUCGACAAAAAAGCGCAAAUGUUAAGAGUUUUUUCUGUGGCAAUGUAGUGUACAGAGCUUGCACCAUUUCACCUCUUUCAUUUCUUAAGAACGUAAUGAGACUUCCCUGGAGGUGAAUAGCUAAAAUAUGCCACUCGUCUCUUUGUGAGUAGGUGUUCUGUUCUGUUCAGACUUAUGUAACUUUUCGCAUUGUGCUGUAGUUCUUAUAAUGGAACAGUCUGUCUCUGGGUUUGAAACACCAAGCUGAGCACAGUGUUCGCUGAAAUCAUCUCUAGGUCAAAAUAAAAUAAAAACUUUAAAUAAUUCCUUUUGAAUG